GAGCGCGUCCUCCUGGGACGUGUCCACACACUUACGCCCGGCGACGCUGUGAAUCAUCUGGUGUACGAGUCGUCACUCAUCGUUCGUCAACCGGAGAGAAGACGCUGUGUGUGUAUAUAUAUAGUGGGCGUACGAGUUGCGCGUGUACGAGCGCGCCUGCGUGGAGCAGCUUCGACACACGGGCGCGCGAGGCAAUUCCGUUUAGUCGCCAGCGUGCGCCGCGAGUGCGUGCACGCCGAAGGAGCAACAAGUGCUUUCUUUUCCUUCUCUUUCACUGCAGUCGGAGAAACGCAGCCGAGGGAUGGCGACGGCGACGAUCGAAUUCGAGAAGAGAAAGUGUCAGUGACCGAAGAGAUCGAUAUCAGAGCUAUUUUUUCUCUCUCCUUACCAUGGAUACGUGUAUCAGGUUCGGAUCGCCCGAAGGAUCGAAAUAAUUACAUUGGUAUCGAAGAGAGAAAGAGAGAAAGAGAGAGACUCGUGAGCCUUGAGAAAGAGUGAGAGGAGAGGCUGCUGCUAGCCAAUGGAAAUCGCGUGUACUCGAGCUCGCCCAUAGGAUACACAACAGCAGGCAAGCCAUUGCACUUUCGUUUUUCGCGCGUUGCACACCAUUGCAGGCAAAUCGCUGCUGCGCUGCUGUACUGACCACAGCCAGAGAAAGAGAGACGACCGGAUGCCUGCGUACAGCCGAUGCAGUCGACUGAAAGCUUCAUGCACUUGAACCUCCUCUGGCGACGGGUGCUUGCCGAAGAAGAAGAGCGGGAAUGUCGGAGCCGGCAGCGACAACAAAUAGUGCCUCGGCUGCGGCGAAUUACGCCUGGUAUUCGAAGAUGAGCGAGUGCUUGCGUCGGAAUCGUAACCAAGUGGAGCCUCUGCCGGGCGACGAGGAGCCCGGAGUCGAGUAUUUCACGGUGGCACCGCGACGAGUGUUGCGAGUACUGAAACCCGAAUUGAAGAGCGGAAAGUUCUACGAGCCAGCCGCAGCGAACGAUCGGCCGGAAUCGCUGGUCGAUAAUUUUUACUCGAGGUGGGCAAAAAGGCCACAUCCAUCGGGUAACUGUCGAUGUUCGUUUCGGUACAGCAAUAGCAGUCGAUUGAGCAGUCGCGAAGAGCAGAUUAUCUCACAGCAGAUCAACCGGAUACGAACGAGCCUGUGCGAAGCCGAUAUCAGUGGGCAGAAUAUCGAAGAGUUGGAGAAAACUCUGACGGUCGAUUUGUCGCAGCUGAACGAGGCCGCGCCAAGCAAGACGGAUCGCGUGAGCUUGAAAGAGGCGCAGAUGGCAAGGAUCGACUGUCUCGACGAGUGCGCCAAGAAGAAGAUCGUCAGGGAUUUGGAUAGGUAUAUCAGUGAGCUACUGGAUGAGAUACUCAACGACACCAUUAAAGCGGCUAUCGAACGCGAACGACAAAAUGCCCAGCCAACGGCAACGGCGCCGACUUUCGAUAUUAGCUUCUCAUUUCACAGCGAUAAAGAUGCCAAUUGGAUGACCAAAGAGCAGCCCGAAAAGGGUUACGUUAAUCGUGGCUUCGUCGGCACGACAAAUGAUCCGGAUACCUUGGAUUUUUGUCUGAGAACUAUUCGCAAUGACGCGGCGAUGCUCGAUUGCAUUGACUCGGGUAUCAAUAGCGUGGAGACCGUUGAAUUGCAGACCUCCGAGCUGGAGGAGGAGCAUAAUCUCGAGCAAUCGCUCAUGGAUAUUAUCGAUGCGAAAUUGGGUGGCUCGUCCAUUGGCAAGUCACUCGAAGAUCUGGGAAUGCAAAUCGAUGCCGAGGAUGCGACUCUGGCCAGCCAAUCAAAGGGCUUAUCGGAAGCUCAACCGUUAAGUGAAACCAACUCAAAAGGCGAAUCUUCAGCUCCCCUAGAAUCUGAACAGUUGACAAACAGCGCGGAAGAUUCGUCGGCGACAGCUAACGAUCCACCUGUUGAGCGUGGUUCCAAAUCUCUGGACACGAUCGAAGAACCACGCUUCAACAGUCUUCGCCUUGAAUUCAAACGCGACAGUCGGGAACAACCUUCGUGCACUGCGGAGGAUGCGAAACAGCAAACGUCGUCAUCGUCGUUCGUCAGCUCGAAAGUCAACAAAACGGUGUCUGUCAUUCGUCGACGACUUGCAACUCGCUUGGCGCAACAGCAGCGCAAACCCAAGAAGAAGAACAGCAAAAAGAAAAAAAAGAAAUCCGAAGCAAGUGGCCAUGGUAGUGGAAAUGGCGAAAGACCACACUCGCGAACCUCGAUGCGUGCAGCGCUGGAACUGGAGGAUUAUAGGCGGCGAUUUCCCGUACCUGAAAUAAGCCGAGGGCGCAACAAUAAUAACAAUAACGAGGGCGAGGACGAAGUAACACUGCGUAAUCGCAAGCCAAUGAUCGUGUUCCUUCACGGCUUCGGCUCGUCGGCCGAGUCGUUCGAGCCGCAGCUCAAUUAUUUUGCUAACCUGGGCUAUCCUUGCGUGGCGCCUGAUCUCCUCGGGCAUGGAUUUAGCUCGGCGCCGAACAGACCCAAGGAUUAUCAUUUCGACAAACUUCUCAAAGAUCUCGAGGCGGUCUUGCUGCAUUAUGCUUUCAAACCCGGCCAGAAGUGCGUGCUCGUCGCUCAUAAUUACGGAUGCAGUUUCGCAGCAGCUUUGGCGUACAAAUACGUGAGCAAUGUGCAUCAGUUGGUAUUGAUAUCAGGUGGUGGUCCAACACCUCUAGCACCGCCACCAGCCGAAGGUGCAGGCCACUGUUGCUUGAGAGCAAGCCUCGCGCCAUUCCUUGUCUGCGGUAUGAAUCGAGCCGUACUUUAUUCGGCGAGAGGUCGACAACAUCCGUAUUGCGGUUCCGAGGAACUGGAAGAUCAAUGGCCCUCGCACAUGCGGCACGUGCUUCGGGGUAUGUCUUGGCCCGAUGGUGAUUACGUUUUUCACAGACGUAUCUGCACGCCUACGCUACUCGUGCACGGUCUCAGAGAUAAUAAGGUGUCUCUCGUACAAGAGUGUCAAAUGGAAAGGACGAUGAUCAAAGCAUUCCUAGAGGCGAUUCCCUCGGCUGGUCACGUGCCGAUGACCGACUGUCCGGAGCAGUUAAAUCAUAUGAUCUAUUGCUUCAUCGACUUGUGGAAAAAUAAGAAGUGGUGACGAACGU